AAGGAACCGUUAUGAGUUUCCGUUGUAAGCGUGUUUGAACGGACUAGUGCACAUUUGUCAUCUGCGAGCCGUGAACCACUCCCGUGGCGGUGUUACCCCCGUGUUUUCGCCAUCCUCGUUGGAGAACAAACGGAGCAACAUGGCUGUUAACGUGUACGCCACGAACAUGACAUCCGACAACCUCAGUCGUCACGACAUGCUUGCGUGGGUCAACGACUGCCUGCAGUCCUCGUUCACCAAGAUCGAGGAGCUGUGCACCGGCGCGGUCUACUGUCAGUUCAUGGACAUGCUCUUCCCGGCCAGCGUGCCCUUGAAAAGGGUCAAGUUCAAGACCAAUCUGGAGCACGAGUAUAUACAGAAUUUUAAAAUUCUCCAAGGCGGCUUCAAAAAGAUGAGCGUGGACAAGAUUGUGCCAAUUGAUAGGCUGGUGAAAGGCAGGUUCCAAGACAACUUUGAGUUUUUACAAUGGUUCAAGAAAUUCUUUGACGCAAACUACUCGGGAGCAGAGCCGUACGAUGCGCUUGCUAUGCGAGGAGGAGAGCCUAUGGGUAGUGGCGGAAAUAAUGCACCUCGUGGCAGUUCUAACGCGAAACGUGUUCCCCAACGUGACAUAAAUUUGGCUAAACCGGCUCCUCGUACUACUGGUGAGGGACAACCAUCUACCAUGCGUGCAGAUAGUACAAACACUUUAGUAAGUAAAGUUCAGUACCGUGCGCCACCCAAAACCACAGUCGGCAACCGUGGCGAUAAUGGAAAAAUUGAGGAACUUAGUGCACAGUUGGUCGAAUUGAAAAUGUCAGUCGAAGGUCUGGAAAAGGAGAGAGAUUUCUAUUUUGGAAAGUUACGUGACAUAGAAGUCAUGUGCCAAGAUUGCGACAACAGCGGCGAUCCACCACCUAUUGUACAGAAAAUUUUAGAUGUCCUUUAUGCAACAGAGGAUGGCUUUGCGCCACCCGAAGAAUUGGAAGGCGACGGACUUGCGCCCGAUGACGAGGAGGAAUAUUAACCUUUUUUAUUUACGGAUGUAAUCGAAAUGAACAACAGCAAAUUAUCCAAGUGCGUUUCAGUUUACCAUGCCUGUGAGCCAGUAUCACUACCCCUUGCGUAAUUACUAUUAUUAUAUAAGCUAUUUUACAUGAGCAAAUUCAACAGUUUUUGCGCGAAUUGUGCGUACAUUUUGUUAAUAAAGUUCACUGAAAUCAUUAAGAUUCGCACGAUAUUAGAAUAGAUUUAAGUUGAGUAGUGCAUUUGAAUAACUUGUUUUUUCUUGGCCGUUGACGGAAGGAGAGAAAUGAAAGAAAUUAGAAGACGAAAAUCAACUAGUAAUCUAUCACAAAUUAUGACAAUUCCUUAUAGCGUUAAAAUGAUAGAGUUCCGAAGAUCAAUGGCUCCCGAAUUGCCGCAAAAAUUUAUGGAUACCGAUACCUAUCGAUGUUAUCUGCGUCCGUACUGUUACGUAGCGACUUUCGUUAACUACACUUUUUUUUAAUGCGUGAGUGUUUUGUUUGUAAUUGUAUUAAGUUUGUAUCGAUAAUGAAUCACGAAGCUCCCGUCAAUAAUUUUGUCUUUUAAAAUCUGUAGUCAUUUGAAACAUUAGUCCUACAGAGAAGCUCAGUCGAGAGCUGCUCAACCUGUUCCACUCGUUUUCUACGUGCAAUAUAUCCGAUGUGCUCAGUGGUUUCGUGUGAAGCAACAAGUUUUCAUUGCCAACGAGAUAUAAUUUGAAUACAUAAUGUUAAUAAUUCAAAUUCAAUUCCGCUUCGACAUUCUAUCUGCGUCUUACCAACAUAGAAGCUACUACAUGACAUAUUCGUAGAAACACAAACACCACAUGUAUAGCAACAGGUAUUUUGAUUUUUCAGUUAAUUGGUGUGUGCUUCGUGAAGACAGAUUGCGAGACAAAACGCUACGCUUACACUUGAUUAUUGAAUUACAAAGAUGUGAAAGAUUAAGAUUAGAUCAUAUUGAAAGAUAUUCAUCUAUUAAUGUUUACCCGGUACAAAUCGAUUUUAGAAAAUAAACGAUCAUGUUUGCAUCUCCAUGACAGUCUCUCGGGAUAAUAAUGGCCUUAAAAAAUGCGGUAAGUUGAAGAUUCGGGUAAAAUACUCAGAAUCGCACGAGGAAACGCGAACUGUUUCUUAAAUUAUAUCGUAGAGACACCGUCGAUUGUGACACUACUAUAUUUUACUUUCGUCAAAAAAGAGAGUUUGUAAAAUCAUACGUUCCGAGAGCAGACGAGUGAGAGGGACAACGAGCGAAAGGAUUACGGCAUGUAGACGUUUUGUGAACGCUUACGUGUUUUUGGCAUGUUGUGUGCUUUCAAUAUUAUUAGUUUCGACUAUCGAGAUCAACAUUGAUUGUAGAUGCGUCAUAAUCGAAUUAAUUUAAGCGGAAAACGUCGAAUUAUCGUGAAAUAAUUGUCUAGGAUGUAAUUUACACUACGUGCUACAUCUUUACUAAGUUCCAGCGAGGAAGGAGGGUACAGUUUGGCUUGCGCUCUAUUCUCAUUGCUCUGUAUGCGCGCAUAUGUGCUUCAAAAUUUUAAAUUUUAAUGCCGAUAUAAUAAACGUUUAAUAAAAUCGA